AUGUAUAAUUUGAAAUGUAACCGCUGCAGAUUGUCUUACGAUUCCGGGGCUUUAAAUCUUGUCAUUUCCAGUAGUGUUUUUUUUUACUUUAUUUCCCCCCUAAAAAAUCCGACCUCCAUUUUCAAGAAAGAAAAUAUCAAAAUUGACAUUAAAAAAAAAUGUAUUGGUUCUUCCAGGGAAUUCCACCAGUGGCCAUCGGAACUCACCGAGAUCCAAAUGUUAAUGAAAGACCUUAAUUUUUUUUAUUACUUGGCAGAAUGGCGUGUUCUGCUCAUUCUUUAUGAGAAGAGCAAGGUCUAUAUAACUUUGUUCGUUUCUGGUUGGUGCUUCCACGUUGCUUGUAUUGAUCUCAUGGUGUUAUAUAUUCUCGUAUGA